GCAUGUGUUUUCUGUUAUGUUGUUAUUUAUUGUUUCUUUCGUGGGGAGGUCGACGAUGUGCAGGAUUCUCUUUCCGUUAACUAGUCGACCGUCCGAACAGUGCCGAUUGGGAAAGCAUUAGCAGCUGACAUUCAGGCUGAUUCUUUGGCCACAGCAUGGCAUCCAAGAGAAUGUGUCUCGCACAUUUGCCGAACUUGUCCACCGGUUCAUGAAGACAUCACACAUUCAUCUCAGUCUUGGCCAGCCAGCUUUGCCUUUCUUUUGAGUUGAGAGGACAUAGCAUCCUUUGCCACGUAGUCAUUUCUCAGAAGAUCAUCUCAAAGUUGUUCAAUUGCUCGCUUGCCAAGUCAAAUUCCAAAUAUGAAGGGUUAGAUAGUUGGUUAUAUAGUCAAUGCACAGACUCCCUGUUUCAGGCUCUCUUGCUCCGAGAAGUCCCUUGACUGGACAUUUCAGAACCAAAGAAGGCUUCACAAAAAAAGAGGAGGAGCAAGGCCAAGAAGAGAGUACUCCAUAUAGUACUAUAUCUUUUUUCACCUGUAACUCUUUGGGUCUACAUAGAUCUUUAUUGUUGUUCAUUCGAUUUCUUUGUUUGCUCAGGAAAGGACGGUGACACAGUACGUCUCCAGACGCAAUGUGACCCUGUCUGAGUACGAGCAAGUUCAGCAGAGAUACGAAGGGCACAUGAACACACUCAAAGUGCUGUGUGAGACAGUGAGGGCGCCGGAGAAGGAGAAAAAGAUCAUUCACCGCGGAAGCCGCGGCCUGAACUUCCGGGAUCUCCAGGAAGAGAAGGACUUCCAAGACUUCCUGGAACUUCGUGAUCCUCUUUUGGGCAGCCGAGCUGGAGCCAGACCACGGAGCUGUUCCCCACGACAGGCCAGUCCACCACGGAGUCGCGUGCAGAGGUCUUCCACGGAGAAGAAGGCAGAGAAGAGCCGACACCUCAGUGAAGAGGCGCUGGUGGAAGAGAAAUCGGUUACUUUGCCUCUUCUUGGUGCUCGCAUGCUUUCGGCCGUGCCCAUGGCCCUGCUCUACCAGGACAACGACUUGGAACAUGUCAGAUCUCUCUUUUGCGCACAGGUGCCUGAAGCUCGAGUCUUGGAAAUCUUCCGUGUGGAGAACGCCACAUUGGCCGGCGUGUACUCCGCGGUACGAGAGGCCAUGGGGAGCGAUUGUGAGUUGGACCUUUGGCACGGCACGUCCAGCGAGUGUGUGCCGAACAUCGUACUGAAUGGCUUCAACCGGGCCUACUCUGGUAGGAGGCAUGGUACAAAGCUGGGCCAUGGUUCCUAUUUUUCCGCCUCUGCGGCAUACAGCACCCGCUUCUGUGACCGGAAGCGGCAGCGGCGCACGGUGUUCUUUGCCAAGGUUCUCGUGGGCGCCUGGGCCAAAGGCUCUCCGGACUUGGUGGAGCCGCCCGUGAAGGACGCAGAAGGCCUGAUCCGCUAUGACAGCACCGUGGACGACCUCCUUUGCCCCGUGAACUUCUGCAUCUUCCGAGACUUCCAGGCGAUGCCCACGUACCUCUUGGAGUUCACCAUCUGAGGAUGUUGAUGUCUGACAUCACCAUACAGGACCUUGAUGGCUGACCCACGUGCCCUGUUUCACUGUAGCUACGUCAAUACGAUAAUGUGGUAGGUUAGCUCGGUCAUGUCUCAGACGGCAAGCAGCGAGCACAUGGUAGGUCGUGCUUGCUUGCAGCAGCUGGGCGACAAAAGAAAGUGGAAAAUUGUACUGUGGCCACUCCUGCGAUUUAGUUUUUACAUGUUCGACUUGUCACAUGGUUAAUUAAAUCACCUUUGAAGAGUUCGAUUGCCCAAGCACUUCCUAACAACAACUGCAACAAAACGUGACCAUCAGAAACAACAUGUUGAAUGUGUUCUUGGC